AUGUUAAAUGUUGUACAGUCUUCCGGUUUCCAUGUCAUAGAUUUAUCGACCUGCCUUAUUAGAAUUUUGUUAAUUUCAGAUAUCAAUGAAUGCCUUCUACCGAGCAAAUGUAAAGGGAUCUGCCGUAAUAUGGAAGGAAGCUUUAGUUGUACUGAAUGUCCUCGCAAGACUGAGUAUGAUCCAAUUAAAAUGCUGUGUACUAAGAGGCAACAACCUCUGCUCUUAGCACUUCUCAUUCGUAGAUGGAAAAGAAAUGUUCAAAAGCAACUACGGAAGAACUAUUUCCGGAAGAACCAAGGUCUUCUACUAGAAACGUUGAUAAUAUCGGAUGAAACUGCAAAUGAGAAUACUAAUAUUUUCCCUUUAGAAGAGCUGGAGAAGGCAACAAACAACUUUGAUCCUACACGUAUCAUCAGACAUGGGGGCCACGGCAUGGUUUUCAAAGGCAUAUUGUCUGAUCGGCAUGUUGUUGCAAUAAAAAAGUCUAAGAUCAUUAGGCAGUGUGAGAUCAGUCAAUUCAUUAAUGAGGUCGCAGUCCUCUCACAGAUAAAUCACAGAAAUAUUGUGAAGCUCUUUGGAUGUUGCCUUGAAACCGAGGUUCCACUACUGGUGUAUGAUUAUGUAUCCAACGGCUCACUGUCUGGAGUUCUUCAUGCAGAUGCAAGUGAUGGUUUUUCUUUAUCCUGGGGCGAUUGCUUAAGGAUUGCAAUCGAAACAGCAGGAGCUCUAUCUUAUCUCCACUCUUCAGCUUCGAUAUCAAUCUUCCAUCAUGAUGUGAAGUCCUCAAAUAUACUCUUAGAUGUGAACUACACAGCCAAAGUUUCAGAUUUUGGCGCGUCCAGAUUGGUUCCGAUUGAUCAGACACACAUUGUCACGAAUGUGCAAGGUACAUUUGGGUACUUAGAUCCAGAGUAUUUCCAUUCCAGGCAGCUGAACGGGAAGAGCGACGUGUACAGUUUUGGUGUGGUACUAGUGGAGUUGCUUCUCAGAAUGAAGCCUGUAUUUACAAGUGAAUCAGGCACAGUCAAAAGUUUGUCAAACUAUUUCCUCCAGGAGUUCAAUGAGGGAAGAAUCACAGAUAUUUUUAAUUCUCAGGUCCUUGAGGAGGCAACUGAGGAAGAGAUCGACAGUGUCGCAUCUUUGGCAGACCGGUGCUUGAGGUUACAUGGCGAAGAAAGACCAACCAUGAAACAGGUGGAGACAGAACUACAGACUCUACGGACAAAACGGAUGAACUCAUCUCAGCCUGAUCUGAGAAAUGGAGAACAAAUGCAACCAAGGUCAUUAACUCGAAGGACUAGAUCUGCUCGUCAAUCGUUUGCACAGCAAGGAGGUAGCCAACGACGCUAUAGCAUGGAGGCAGAGUUCUUGUCAUCUGCUAGCCUACCACGUUAG